UUUUAUUUAUUAUGUUUUGAGAUAUUUCUAAAUUUAAAGUACACUGCUUGUGAAGCCUUUUACAAGUAAAUCAUUUUAUUCACAUUUCAAACUCUAAGAAAAUCAGAUAGAUAUACAGAAAUACAAUGGCUUCGUUUGUGGGUGCGCCGCCAUCGGGUGUGGGCGAAGCCGUUCAACCAUGGCAGAAGUUCGACUGGCCGGAAGAGAUCGAGCAACAUAUCUACAAGGACUGGGGCAUCUACUACUCCCGCCGUCGCAGGGAGAACAUUGCCAUGCACUACUUCAACAAGGCCCUCGUGUUGGAUCCCAAGGAUCAUAUGACAAUGUACAAGCGCUGCCAGAGCAAGCGGAAGGCGGCCCAAAUCCAGGGAGCCCUGAAGGACAGCCAGGAGGCUGCGAGAAUGGCCCGAGCCACGAGUGGAGAGAAAUCCUACAUAAACCUGGAAAUAUGCGAUGCCCAAUACGAACUCAACCAGUUCGAGAACAGCCUGGCCGAGUUGCACAACAACGUUCGCCAUUUCAAGGGAAACAAGACCAAGUGCUUCGAAAGGCGCUCUGUCGGAAGUUCCAUUGCAAUCUCUUUAUAACUAUAGCGGUAACUCUGCCAGGUGGACGAAGUGAUCAACGAUUGCAUGGGCGAGGCGAUGACCGCCUUCUUCUCGAAACACCAAAAAACAGUCGAAAUUGUGCACGAGCUUAUGAAGGCCAACGAGAUAGUGGACAAACGUCCCUUGUGGAAGGUGCUGCGGGAGCAGGAGAAGUGCGAUGUUCUCAGCAUUCCCGAGGUGGAGGUGCUGCUCCUCUCCCCCCUGGAGAUUGCGCGCAGAAAGCGGGCCUACAAUAUCUUCUAUCAGACGUACCUGAACGAGUCCUGGAUAGAUAUGGUGUUCAUGAAGAAGAUGAUCAACAACCCCGUGCUUCUGCUGCCCCAAUGCAAGGAGUCCUUCUACUUCCUGGACAAACUCACUGUCAAACAGUACGAGAUUGUGCGCACAUUUAUGAAAAUGCUGCAAUCGCGUAGCCCUUUGUAUUACGUGAACUACAUGAAGUACAGGAACAAGAAGCUGUCGGAGAAGUAUCGAGAGGCCUUCCUCUACCACGUACAGUACCAGACAUACCGCACCAUGAACGCGGCUCUGAAGCGCGUUCGCGUGCUGCGCAAAGCGAAGAAGGUCAAGGCCUUGACCAAGUUCGUGGAGGACGUGAUGGGCGAAUACGUGGUGAAGAAGACGCACCGUGUUAUGUGCUGGAAGUUCGAGUUUCUUAACGAGAUGUACAACACCCUGGGACUGGCCCUGGCCGAACAGCUGAUGCCACCGAAGAAGUUCAAUGCCGCCACAACGUCCCUCCUCAAGCUGCUGCAUUUGCAAACGGACAAGGUUAAGGAAUUAGUGUCAUUUGUCUUUGGAGAUCGCUCCACGCACCCGGAACCGGACGCAUACGAUCCCGCCGCCGUGAGGGCCAAGAAGCUGCUGGCGCGCCUCGAGCACAGAAUGAUCUUUGCCAAAUACUCGAUCGAAAAGUGCUAUCUGCUGCACCAGAUAUCGCAAUGCCAUCUGGACCAGGGACGGCACUCCGAGUGCGCAUUCGUUGGUCGUAAGGGCAUGAAAGAGUCCGCGAACUGCAAUAGCCACCUCUGGAAGUUCCUCAAUGUGGUGCAGAUAGUCAAGGCCAAUGCCGUGGUGUACAAGCUGGAACAGACCAGAGACGCCCUGGAAGAUGCCCUGCCCAUCGCGCAGGCCCUGAAGUCGCAAGAGCUGGUGUCAUUUGUGGAGAUUUGUAUGGCGUGCAACCAGGAGGAGUUCGUCACGAAGAAGAACACUGUGACUCUCAGUAGACGCUCAAGCAAAGCCGAUUCUAGUAAUCGUUCGAACAACAGCUUAAAAAUGUACUCGAAAGACCGCUAUUAGUUAUCAA